GAGUCGGCCUGAUCAAAUAUGUCCGACGCAAAUGGCCUGCCAUACAACGAUGACAUAUUGCCACCGCACCCGUUCGUGCCAUCAUGUGGAAAUCCUCCCUCCCCUGUGUCUUCAUCAGCUUCCCUAGGGGCGGACACAGGGGAGGCUACAAGUCUAAGAAAUGCCAGGCAGCUCUUGGACGCGAAGGAUGCAAUUCUUGAGCCUGGACUAUGGGCGACGAUGACGGAGUUUGUACGUCAGGGGGGUGACAGCGGCGAAGUUCCGCUUCUCCUUGCACGUGGUCUGAUAGGAUAUCCGCAGAUAGCUCGUUUGCUUAGUAGCUGGCUUGGGAUUGCGGGUGUUUCCCAGGCCGAAGUCGAGGCCAUCGCUUGGGAUGCAGUUAAAAAAGAGGUUAGAAAGCGACUCGACGUUCGUGGACUUGAUGAUUGCACAGUGAGAUGCCGUACCUCGCGACCAAAAUUCCUAGACGCAUUGCUUGAAACGCGACGGGGUCGGCGCUUGGUCGUCGACCUCUAUGGCUUUGCGGCGAGACGAAGCGAUUAUGGUCGAAGCGAUCUGUUAUCUCAUUGCCUACGAGAAAUUGCUGCGAGUGGUUAUAUCGCUGAACUCCUUGAGGCUGCGACCCUCGAUUUAUGUGAGGACUGGUACCUUUUUGAGGUGGCUCUAGUUGACGCCAUAGUACGCGCUGCAAGGCCAAAUGACCAUCGUGCCUCAUCAGUUGAGCGUCUCGUACUUGAUGUACUCCGGUGUUGCGGGUCGCGCUUAGAGGCACAGUGCUAUGCAAAUAGCGUCCUCGAGACUCUUGACUUCGCAAUUGGCGGCAAAGACAAUCUCCUUUGGCGCUAUGUGCGCCAAGACAAGCGCCUCGUGACCAACCCCCCGCUACUCCGGCUCAUGAACAUUCCACGCCAGAUUCCCCUUGCACAAGUGCUUCGUGACUCGGUCCUGAGCCUCGCACGCCAUCCAACGGUGACUACUCUCAAUGUUGUACGCGCUGCAUACCAUGCUACGCCAUAUGUGGCAUUUCUGCGUGUACCGAAGGUGGCUGCAGCCCUUUUCCAGCUUGCCUUUGAUCCUGUGUUGGCUAUACCCAACUCCAUCAAUGGUGCGGCAGAUCUCAUUGCUGCCGUGGCGACCGUACCCCCCAAAGCUGGUGACAAUUUUGGCUUCACCGCCACAGAUGAGGAUUGCAUAAGUGCCACGUAUGCUGCAACCGCCGCGUGUGUUUCUGCAGCGGCACACGCAUGCCUCAGCGAGGCCCUUUCUGCUAAUGGCCAACAAUCGACAGGAGAACUGCUUCUUUCCGCUACCUCUGGCUGUGCUGCGGCACGUCACGGAAUCCUUGUAUGGAUCGCCAAAAUUGUUGAGGACCCAACCUGGAUGCGCACGCGUCCUCGCUCAUUCGCAUCGCUGACUUUUGGGAUUCUACGCACUGCAGCGCGUUCACCACGGGCACGGCGACGUAUCUUCAACGUGUACCAACGCAUCGUAGAUGCGCCGAGCCGCAUGGGCGUUGCUACUCACUACCAUACAGGAUCUCAGCCCUCGCGUUUAUCAGAGCCAUACGAUUCUAGCGAUGUCAGCAAGGCUGUGGUUUUCGGUCUUGUUGAUCUUGCAGCGGACUGGAGUUGUGUCUAACUCUAUCGAUGGUGCGCUCCUCCAGCACUUCGUCCUCCGACUCGGGAAGAAAGUCUGUCCACCCUAUUCAACCACGUUUGCAGACGCUGCUGCAAAUCUCCUCGCCUGCCCAAAAGCCAGACGUGUCUGGCGCAGGAUUGACAAGUUCGCAGCGAAUGACUCAGAAACUAUCCGCGAUUUCGCUUCUCUCAUCGCCUCAAAUCUACGAGAUGCCUCAAGCCACUGCGCCUACCUGACACGCCUUGGGACGUUAGGACAAAUUACGAUCGCACUGCCGAAGUGUGCUCCGACAGCUCAUUCCACAGAAUUAUCUCUGAUUCCCUCCCCGCAUGUCGCCACUUCCCCCCAAAGCCCCUUACUCGAGCCUGCAAAGCCAGAUUCCACUAGGCAACGGCAAACUCAAGGCGAGAAACGCCACGCUGCUGAUCAUCCAUCCUCACCUCAGACAAAGCGACCUCGGACUGCAAGCAGCCGAUACUCGAGCUCGACUUGACUCCACAGUGCCUGCGCACAUCGUGGGGGUGUUGGCAGUUUUAGGCAAUGCAGGGGCGAGUUCGGCACCAGAAGCUAGGCCCCUGGGGUUUCUGAUGCUCGGCUAGAUUCCUAACUGCGCAUCCUGCUAGU